CAAACGUGGCGCAGCCUGGCGAGCCGCGCGGCGCACAAGUGGGACCCCUUCAACAUGGUUGAGCUGCGCGGGAGGAAGGUGGGCAUCAUUGGCUACGGCGACAUUGGGCAGGCCGCCGCCCGCCUUGCCACCGUGUUCGGGAUGGAGGUGACAGGUGUCAGGCGUUCCGCACCCUCCGAGAAGGUGGACAAGUACGGCGCGCUUGUGGUGUCCGGUGACGCCGAGCGGGACCGCGUGAUCCGCGAGUCCGACUUCUUGGUCAAUACCCUCCCAGGGACGGAGGAGACAAAGCAGUUCUUCAACAAGGAGCGCUUUGCCAUGAUGAAGCCGAGUGCAAUCUACAUCAACAUUGGCCGCGGCAUCACGACGAAAGGGGAGGACCUCGCGCUUGCGCUGCGGGACGGCGUCAUCCGUGGUGCCGCUGUGGACGUCUUCGAGCAGGAGCCGCUCUCCUCCGCCUCCUCGCUGUGGGACAUCAGCGAUGACAAGCUUCUUUUCACUGCCCACUCGGCGGACAGGAGCGUUGACCUCGUUCCCUCGUCGGUGCGCCGUUUCAUCGGCCUGGUAACGGAGUACAUGAAGACGAAGCAGCUCAAUACCUACUUCGUGGACGCCGUGCGUGGGUACUAG